GGAAACUUAGGCGGAAGCAGCAGCUGCAGUUAGCCUGUGGAUUCCAACCAUCAAUACACAGAGAAACAAAACCACAGCAAAGCCCUUAUCUGAGGGAGAAGAACGAGUAUCCAUUAGCCGGUUGAGUGGUUUCAUCGGUGGGAGCGACAUGUCAGAGACAUACGAUUUCCUGUUUAAGUUCCUGGUGAUUGGCAGCGCUGGGACUGGGAAAUCAUGCCUCCUCCACCAGUUCAUAGAAAACAAGUUCAAACAGGACUCCAACCACACCAUUGGUGUUGAGUUUGGCUCCAGGGUGGUCAACGUUGGUGGCAAAACAGUCAAACUGCAGAUCUGGGACACGGCUGGACAGGAACGUUUUAGGUCAGUGACCCGCAGUUAUUACCGUGGAGCAGCGGGGGCUCUUCUAGCUUAUGACAUCACAAGUCGGGAGACCUACAAUGCUCUGACUAACUGGCUAACAGACGCACGGACACUGGCCAGCCCCAACAUUGUCAUCAUCCUGUGCGGAAAUAAGAAGGAUCUAGAUGCCGACCGUGAGGUCACCUUCCUGGAGGCUUCUCGCUUUGCCCAGGAGAAUGAGCUGAUGUUUAUGGAGACGAGUGCUUUAACUGGAGAGAACGUAGAGGAAGCCUUUCUUAAAUGUGCUCGCACCAUCCUCAACAAGAUUGAAUCGGGCGAGUUGGACCCUGAGCGGAUGGGUUCUGGGAUCCAGUACGGCGAUGCAUCCCUUAGGAACAUCAGACAGCCCAGGGGCUCUGCUGCACAGACCAAGCAGCAGUGUAACUGCUAGGGUCCUGGAUGCCCUGACUGCUACCUGAUAACAGACCUUUUACACUCAACCUUGCCCCCCCUCAGUUCUGGGUGUCUCUGGGUAUGCACGCCCCCUUAACCCCAUUCCCCAAAUGUGACCCCUCCACACCCAGACACAUCUGGAUAAUUUUCUAAGAAGUCUAUCUGCAACUUUUGACCUCUGACGUCGGACAAAAACUUUUCGCCAAGGACACUUCUCCGGGCCCCGCUACACUGGGCUGGAAGGCGUCUAGAGAGGGCCACGGACAGUAGAGGUGAAUCCUGACCUGACUGAGAGACUGUGUGUGUUUUUAACUUAUCCUGUGAUUCUCAUGCACACAUGCAGUUCCUUUUUGUAAAGUCAACAGCCAUCAACUAGACUUCACUGGACUAGGAUAAACCAUUCAGCGCAAGCAGUGAAUGAAACAUUCCAUAGGUUUAAAAAAUGAAAUAUUGUUGAAUCAUUUCAUACAUUGUGACAUAUCUGUCCUUUGCUGGUGUUUAAAAGGGUAGUUCAACCAAAAAUAAAAAUUCUGUCAUGAAUCACCCAAGAUCCAUGUGACUGAAUUCCAUAGAACACAAAAGAUGUUGGGCAGUAUGCUAGGCUAUGUCCCCACACACUGUCAUUACAUCAUUUCACCAUACAAUAAAAGUGAAUGGUGGCUGAGGUGAACAUUCUGCUUAACAUCUCCUUUUGUGUUUCACAGAGAAGAGAAAGUCUUGUGUUUGGAACAGCAUGAGAGUGACAAUAAAUAAUGACACAAUUUUCAUUUUUCAGUGAACGAUCCCUUGAAAUUGAAUGUUCCCUCUAUGGUUUUGUAAAAUGACAAAUGAUGAAACAAUUGAGCACGUCAUUGGUCAUCCAUGCAGGUUAGCUGGUCGGCUGUUAGCACAGGCAACAAAAAAAAAUUAUAUAAAUGUUGAGAUCCAAACCUUGACUUUUGGUGAGAAAGCAAAACUGUUUAAACCCCUUUGCUGUACACUUAUAAUCUGGUCUGGGUUAGGAGAAAAUAGAGAAACAUCUGUUCAGAUCUUGUCAUUCGGUCGGCACUAUCUGGUGCUUAUCGGAUUUAACUUUUGCUCUGGCUUGGGUUGGAGGUUAUCAUGUAACUAAACCUCAGCCAUCCUCUGCACGGACCUCCUGCUUUAAUGUCUGCUGGCUAAAUCAUUUAUUGACAUUUAUAACAGCAAAUCUACUGAAUUCUAUUCAUAAGAAAUGUGAUUUUAUUUUUAGGUUUUUUUUUUACAUUUCACCUAUAUUGAUUAACAUUUUACUUGUUCAAAAUGUCUUUAAUGCCCCUAAAAAAAUUAAAUAAAUUAUAUAUUUUAUCUGAUUAAAACUUAAAUGUAGAUUUUUGGGUGAAUCUCAUGAAAAUAGUCGGGUCAUAUUUCAUCUCAAAAGACAAAAUAUGAACAUUAUAUUCUGCAUAAAGAAAAUUAAGCCUUUUUUUUUAAGACCAUUAGGAUUUUCUUUCAUAAUGGUAACAUUUCCUCAGUUCUCAGUAGCCUACUGGAGUGUGAAAUAAAUCUCAUUCUCAUUACUGUAAUGUGAAAAAAAUCAUUUGUAAUAUUAUUUAAAUGAUAAAAUUAUACAUCAUACUGAGAUUUGUUUUGCUGAAUUUAAUUUAUGCUUAUUUCAAUAAAAAUAAUUCACAUUACAGUAAUUUGAGUUUGGGUGGAAAGUGUGAUUGUCUUGAAAAUAAUACCACAAUGCAGAAAAUAUGAAUGGUCUAAUAAAUAGGCUUAAUUUUCUUCUAGCAAAAUUGCGUGCAUGCAUAUUUGGGGAGAGAAAUUAUCUGGUCCAGAAAUGCCCAGGUCAUCUUUCAUGCCAUAAUUAAAAAUAAAUAAAAAAUAUGAACAUAUUUUGCAUAAAGAAUGAAGCCUUUUGUUUUAAAACCCCAUUAAAGGGAGAUGAAAAUUCUCUCAUUUACUCACCCUCAUGUCAUCCCAAUUGUGUAUGACUUAUUUUCUUCUGCUGAACAAAAGCAAAUAUGUUUAGAAGAAUAUUUCAGCUCUGUAGGUCCAUACAAUGCAAGUGAGUAGUGGCCAGAACUUUAAAGCUCCAAAAGGGGCAUAAGGGCAGCAUAAAAGUAAUCCAUAAGACUCCAGUGGUUAAAUCCAUGACUUCAGAAGCAAUAUGAUGGCUGUGGGUCCUUUUGUACUGAAAAUCUACACUUUCACUUCCACACUUUUACUUUCUUAUUCAGCCACAUACUGGUCAGGGCUGGUCAAAGAUGAGAUUGAUAGUAAAAAGUACUUUAAUAUUGAUCUUUUUAUUACCCUCACCUAUUAUAUCACUUCUAAAAUAUGGAUUUAACCACUGGAGUCGUAUGGAUUACUUUACGUCCUUUUUGGCCCUUCUGAGCUCUGGUCACCAUUCACUUGCAUUGUAAGGACCAACAGAGCUGACAUAUUCUCCUACAAAUCUUCAUGUGUGUUCUGCAGAAGAAAGGAAGUUAUACACAUCUGGGAUGGCACGAGGGUGAGUAAAUGAUGAGAGAAUUUUCAUUUUUGGGUGAACUAUCCCUUUAAGAAUUUCUUGUAAAUAAAGUUUUGUGACAAUCAAGCUCGUUUAAAGCCCCUUUAUAACUUUAGUGAAAAGAAAUGUCACAUUAGCGUAAUAAUAUUGAAAUGAAAGCUGGUGUCAUAACAGGUGUCACAAUACAGAAUGGAUAUAUAUAUAUAUAUAUAUAAAAUUGGCAGUGAAAUAUGAACUGGACAUUUCGAAGUAAGAUUGACUGUUUUACAACAUAUUAAGGGUCAUUUAAAAGUGGUUACCACAAGGUAUUUUGUAACCAUUUGAAAACAAUUCCUUGCAACAACCCGAUCUGCUUGACUACUGCAAUGUGGUUCAACUUAGUCCUGAAAUAGGGUCAGAUUGCAGUUAUAUUUUAGGGUAAGUUGUUUGUUGUUUCCCAUGAUGUUCCUUAUGCUCUUUAAUCAGUGAUAUCAUCAUUAUGCACCGCAGACAGAUCUGUUACGAUCUGUGUUUUAAAAUGUCGUCUAUGUGAUGUGUGGUUUUGCUUUUUCUUUUUGUCCCUCUUCAAGUGCACUUUUGACUGUUAUAUACUGUACCUAUAGAAUUGUAAAAUUUAUAGUAAUUUAAUUACAUUAAAUGAAAGAAUAUUAUUUGAGUGAUCAUUCCUUACAGAAGAACAACCGACUAGUGUGACAGUUUCAGGGGUAGUUUUCUCCAGCACAAAGCAGAGCCUUCCCUGACUAACCAUGAUUGUUCGGACACCGUUCUCGCAGCGAGUCGAGUCUCUCGUUUGAUCAUAGCUGCUUCAUGCUCUCAUUGUUGUCCGGUCUUUUAAGAUGCACCUAAACUGUGACUAAAAAUAUUCCAGGUUAAACUCUGCACUGCACAUGGUGUCGUUUUUAGCAGAAAAUAUUUUAAGUUUUGCACUUCCAGUGGAACUCAGUGGGGCUUAAGAUUAAGGAUUGUAAUUAAAGUUUUUUUUAAUGUUAUGUGGAUUUGUCUUUGUAUUGUCUCUGUAGGAGAAGUGUGACAGAGCAACUUGCUCUUUCACCUUUUUCUUCUUUUACAACUUCUGUUAAUUCAAAAGAGACUAUUUUUAUUUUUCUCUAACAAACUCCAGCAGACUUGACAUUCACAGAACAACAAAAUACUCAUCUCAGUGGAAUCUGUUUUCAUAGUUACUGAGCCCAGCGGUUUGCAGUAUAAUUAGGUGUUUGCAAAGGCAACCAACAGUGUUACUAUUGCUCAUAGUUUCUGUUUUUCAUAACUCUACGUUUGAAACUUGGGUGCAUCACUAGUCCUGUACCAUUUGUGCUAUGGACAUGGAUGAGCUUAAAAUUUGAGGGUAACAAAGAAAUAUCCAUAACAUAUUCCACCCAAAAAUCAAAAUAAAACAUUUGCAUAAGACAAAAAG